AUGGAGCUGUCUCUGGCCUUGGGUCGCCCUGAAACCGACGACAGCGGGACGGCCGGCCGGGGUGCGGGCAACGGCGGGCUGGCCGACGAUGAGGUCCGGCCGCUGUUCGCGUGCCUCUUCUGCGACAGGAAGUUCCUCAAGCCGCAGGCCCUCGGGGGCCACCAGAACGCGCACAAGGAGGAGCGCGCGGCCGGCUGGAACUGGAACCCCUACCUCUACGGCCGCCAACCAGCUGCUAGUGCCGCCACCUCUCGCGCCGCCGCCAGCAAAAAGUCGAUCCCUAUGGCCACGCACAGUGGUGGCGGGGCCGCCGCCGCACCGCCCCUCCAUGUCGUUCCCGAGGCUGGCACACUCGCUCCGUCCGUCCACGGCGUGCGAGCGGCAGCCAGCCCGUUCUCCGGCGUCCACGGCGAUGUGGGGGACAUGCUAAGCUCAGGAAGGUCACCGGACGCUGAGCUGGCGCCGGAGAGCAACUCCGGCGUGGGAAUCGACCUGGAGCUGCGACUCUAGCAGAUUCAGCUACGGAGGACAUGCAUCUUGCAGGAUUAUCUCCCAGCUCUCUUCGUUAAUUGCCUUUAUGAAUCUAUCUUUUGAAGGUUUGUGUUGCCCUUCUUCAGUUUUUGUUUUGUUUUGUUUUG